AUGGAGAGAUCAUUUGAGCCUGUUCAGCAUUCCGACCCAAAACAGCAAAAAUAUGCUCAUGAGAGCAAUGUGUCGGCACCACAGUAUGAUCAGUAUACCAUUGCCUGGAUCUGUGCCUUAUAUAUCGAGAUGGCGGCAGCUCGGGCUCUUCUGGAUGAAAUUCACGAAGCUCGGCCCCUAGGCUUUGAGGAUACUAAUAGCUACGUGCUAGGGAGUAUCAAAGGCCAUAAUAUCGUUAUUGCAUGUUUACCCAUUGGUCAGUACGGAACAAACAAUGCGGCGACCGUUGCAACGAAUUUGAAGCGGACAUUUCCCAAAGUCCAUCUGGGCUUGAUGGUUGGAGUCGGAGGGGGUGUACCAAGCAGGGCAGAUAUACGGCUGGGGGAUGUGGUGGUGGGAACAAAUGUAGUGCAAUUCGACCUUGGGAAAAUUACGGGGGACGGAAAAUUCGAGCGAACAGCUAUUCCCAGAUCUCCCGAUCCUUUACUUGGAACAACUAUUGCCAACCUUCGAUCGAAACAUGAAAAUGAGCCAAGCCGAAUUCAUGAUAUCCUACAGAAGAACUUCAAUACAAGUUCUGAGUAUAAUCAACCUGAUACUCCAGAUCGCCUCUUCCAAGCAACAUAUGAACAUCAAUCACAAUACCCGAAUUGUGAUAAAUGCGACCAGUCAAGUUUGGUAUUACGCAGCGGACGAAUGCCCAACGCUAUAAAGAUUCACUACGGUUCCAUAGCUUCAGGAAACCAAGUUAUAAAGCACGGCAUCACUCGGGAUAAUAUUGCUCGAGAACUCGAUGUUAUUUGCUUUGAAAUGGAAGCUGCAGGUCUUAUGAAUGUUCUUUCCUUCCUCCCUAUUCGGGGGAUUUGUGACUACUCGGAUUCUCACAAAUCCAAAGAAUGGCAGAAGUAUGCCGGUGCAACCGCCGCUGCAUAUGCAAGGGAAUUGAUCGAGGAGCUUCCUAUGAAAAAAGCGCAGACAAGAGCCUCCUCUAAUUCAUCUCCCUGUGAGUAA